UAUGUGACGUAUUCAGUGGUGCGCAUGCGUACUGAGAUGAUGGGAAUUUCCAACAGUUGAGCAGGCUUCGCUGGCUUCGGCUAGCACUUGCCAAAGCUUGACGCAGGUUCGGGCCAUUGACACCAUUGGGACUCUUGACUUGAUGAGUCCCAGUGACCUUGGAUCAUUGCACAAGCAGCACAAACAGAUUGACAACAAUGUUUCUUUAACGGACAGUAAAACAAAAGCCCAUUCUGACCCAAUCUAAAACAACAUUGGCCUGUGUGUCAAGCCAGGCUUUGAGCCACGAUUAGAGAUGCUCGGAAGAAGGCGUCCUUGCAGCCUGCAGCUGAGCUACAGCAAUUGAAAGCAUCAUCUCUUGAGUAGAGGAUGUUCUGCUGAGUCUUGUUUCUCUUCUACUUCCCCCACCACGUGAUCAACACUGAGUGUGAGCUGCUGCACACAGUGAGUUUUGGUUGACCAACAUGAUGCUUCUAUGUGACAUCCUUGUGCAGAUUAUGAAAAGGGAGUGAUGUGCUCUCAAAAAAAGCGAACCAGCUGACUGUUAGUCUGCUGUAUAUAAUGGAUGCAAAGUUAAAAGAAGACCUGUUCCGGAGAUAUGUGGGGGCACUCGAGAGGCGCCUUCAAGAUGGAGGGGAAAAAUAUGGAAUGGCAAACUUGCAUGAAGGGGACAACGGGAGGCACAAGGACAGCGAGGCCCUACUUUCUACAGCCACGGCGCUCCUCGGGGCCUACCAGCCAGAUCCAGGACAGCGUUUCCGCAUGGUGCGCUUUUAUGAAGUGGUUGAGGGUUCCCUUCGCUGCCAAAGAGGAGGAAACCUCAGAAGCCUGGAGAGAGCUUUCCACACUCUGGAAACCAUAUGCACCAAUCUUUUACUUUUCCCCUGGAAGAAAGAGUUCAGAUGUAUUAAGACUUUCACCGGCCCCUAUGUGUACCAUCUGAAGUCCGCCAUUUCUGAUGCCGAGCUUCGAUCUCUGAUGCGCACGAUCGGCUACACUUGUGACCACGACUCGCAGUUUUAUUUCCAGGAGCAUCCGGGAGGCUCGGCUCAUCUCCGGCAGUUGGCUUUUGAGCUCUUCCUCGCCCAGGCGGAAUGUCGUCUUCUGGGAGAGGUCGUGGCCCUGGCCCGCGGUUCGGCUUCGGAGUUGGAGGCCCUGGAACUCCGCAGGGGCUGCAGGGAUGACGCAGCUGGCUGCGCCGAGGCGCUCCGCAGACGCGACAGCCUCGGAGCGGAUAUGGCUCGACUGUCUGUGCAGCCUCUGGAUAUCGAGAGGCCUCACACUCACCACCUGAGGCGAGGUAGCCGACCGUCAAAGUCGGUUGACGUGACAGAUGGGGCAGGUCACUGGCAUGCGGCGGCUAGCAAACCGAUCCUGAAAGCCUCAUUGAGUUUGAGGAAAGAGCCUUUAUUCGUGGACGCCGAGGAGGAUAUGAAGGAUGAGAUCAUCAGGCCCAAUACCUCGGUAUCUCUCUUCUCCGUGGCGGCACCCCCUUCCUACAGCCCCAUUGCGGAUUUCUUCCCCACACAGUUGCCUCCGCCGGCUGAUGCGUACACAUCCUACCACCUUUCGUCGCUGGAUGAGAUUGACUUGUACACAGAGAGGGGCGUGGGCGGCACCAGCGGGAGGCAGACCCCCUCGCGGCCUCCUUCCAGAGAGCCGAGAGACGCGCGAGACGGUUGGCUGCUCAAAUCCCACGGCAGCGUGAAGUGUCAGGGCUGUGGACUGGGCUGCUCCACGAUGGCUUCCUGCCAGAGGUGCGACAUGAUCCUAUGCUCCGCGUGUCACGACGUCGAGCCCUCCCCGUGCUGCAGCCUGCAGGACUACCACCCGAAAUCCACGCGACCGAUCGACGGCUACGUUCCCGUGAAGGAGAAGCUCUCCGUCUACUCGAACACGCACUCCCACUCGCAUCUGCACCCCCACCCCUUGGCACUGACCCACUCGCACACUCACUCCCACCCUCACCCCCACGUGGUGGACAAACCUUUGUUGUCCACCAAGCUGUUUCCAAGCAAGUCUGUUGCUUUGACGACGCCAAAAGGAGGCAGCAGCGAGCGCAUAAGCAUGGGAGGCUCGCGAUGCGGUUUUUGCAACAAGCCGGGCGCAUCCCACACCUGCGUCAACUGCUCCAAGGUGUCAUGUGACUCAUGCAUGGGCUUGUAUGGCAACGACAUGUGUACGCGGAAGAAUCCCCAGCACAUGUUUGUGCCCAACCAUCAGCUCAAUUUCAAAUCCGGCACCAUAUCACACAUGGUGUACCGAUGAUCCAGGUAGCGCGAGGGUUUUACUUCUCCACGUUGUGUCCGAACCUUUAAAGAGCAGCAUCGCUCCGCAUUGUCGUUUAUGCGCCACUGCCCACAGACUGACUGUGUUUUUGGACUCCCAAGUAGUACAUUUUCCCUCACUGUUGGUCGGGCCACAUUGUCUGAUUUCAGUUUUGGCCUUUUACCUACUAUGUACUACUACAACAGUUACAUUUUGCCUUGCUACCUGCUCUUGACUAGUCAUGUGAUAAUGUAGUGCUUACCCAAUUUCUCCAACUUUAUCCCCUAAAAGGAAAAUCUGGAGUUAAAAAAGUUGAAUUACUUCUCAUUUAAAAUGAAGUUCAGAAUAUCUACUUGUAAGCUAAAAAAAAAAAUCAUCAAAUAUUAUAUAUCUAUAUAUGAGAGAGUAUAUUGUGUGUGUAUGUGUCUCUGCUGAAACGACCUGAUCUUGCAGCAUGAAAAAAAAAAAAGACUUUUUUUUCAUUCUUGAAAUAUACUGAGAAAAGCUACACUGGAAAUUAGUAAAAUAAAAGAAUAUAUAUUUUUGAAUCUCGAUUCUGUAGAGCAAUGUAGAUUAAAAAAAAAUCUGCCAUUAAGGCAAGGUAGGAAGUACUGUAUCUCAAAAGGACUUAUUGAGACAAUGAUCGAUGCCAUAUUCUAUUUAUAGUCAUGCCUUGUAAAUGACCCUUGCCACGUCCCUCAAUGGUUUCUAGCGGGCUAAUGUUUUGAUGCUGCUGUUGACUUGAGAGUUUGACAUUGUAAAAUGUUGACUCCUUUCUUGUGAAGAGCUCAUUCGCGUGUGUGUGCAAGUGUGUUUGUGUGUGUGCGCGUGUGCGCGCGCGUAUGCUUUGAGCCCUUUCAAGCCGCGUUAAAAAUCUCAGAACCUCUGUGGUCCAGGAUGCCGCAGCAGCCGCCCCGAUGCCAGAUCAGAGGUUCCCUGUCAAGUCUCAGGUGGAGUCACAGCAGGUGUCUGGGCCACAAAUCAAAUGCAUGCAGAUUUUCUUCAAGCAUAUAUGAACCUUGUUGUUUUAGAGUAUCUAAUGUGAAAGUGUUCUGUCAUGCUUUCUGUCUACCUCAAAGCGCUCCAGCCAGUGUGACUUUCCAGACUUCUAACCUCCUGAAAUGUUGGACAUGUUGUGUUUCCCCACAUAUCCCAAGCAAUCCGUCCAAUAGGAGAUCAUUACAAAAAGCAGUGCAAAGUUUUCCAUUCCGAUCCAACAAUGUUGUUGCAUCUUUCCCGGUCACAGUCGAAAAAGUGCAUGUGAACAAACACCUGUAAUUGUAAUGCAAUACAGUAUAAUGCAACUGCAGAGGCUUUGUGAUGCUUCAGGAGGCACGUGGUUGUAAGUUUUUAGAGCGGGGUUCGAUGGAUGUUAGUAUCUAUUAUAGUUCAGAACAUUCUGCACUUGAGAACAAACCACCACUGAUGCCAUGAUAAGUUAAGUGUGACUAAAACCGUUCAGUGCAUGCUUUUUUGUUGUUGUUUUUUUGUUUUCAUUGUAACGACUUGGAGGGCAUGAAGGCUCUUAUCAAAUCCAAAACUGAAGAGAUCAUCACUUGUUUACUUUUAAAAGAGGUGAUAUGUAGCCAUGUAUUUUUUCCCCCUCCUGGAAAUCUGUAUAACUGAUAUGCUGUCGACUAACACUACAUAUUAUCCGUCACUUAAUUGCUUCUGCUCGACACUGGAAAAAUGUCACAUGGGGGGACAUUUGGGUUGUUUACAGUUAAUGUAAAGGAAACUUCAGAGUGACGUCUUUCACUUCAUGUGGAGUCUUUGUCACUGAGAGGCCGCAGUUUGAUAUGCUGCUGAGAUGGCAACAUAUACCCAUACUAAUGUGAAAUACAGUUUUUGUAUAAGUGGGUUAAACCUGCCUGACUUGUCACCCCGUGUCCCUCGUCCAGAUAAAAUAGUCCACAUUAUUAACAUCUGAAUAGGAAUCUAAGCACAUUAUAGCAUCACAAAUGUGUUGUUCUUGUAAUGGUUGUGAGCUCCUGCUUGUCAUUGCAAGUGUGAGAAAUUUUAUUGGUAUGCUUUGCGCUCAGAAGCAUCAGCUUGGGUUUGCUCUCGCACGAGGCGAUUCCAACGAACUGAUUUCCUUCCACAAGACCGUUUGGUCAUACAUUGAGAGUUAAGUUUGCACAUUUAAUGCAGUGCUUUCAGUGUUUAAUGCAGUUUAUAUGUUGAUUUAUAUGUUUAUUUUGGCACCUCAAGUUGGCCAUUAUGUUCUGUUGAGUUGGUCAACUCUCAUUGCCUUAAAUUCAUGUCUGCCAUUUCCAUAAAGUAAAUUCUGCCUGUUCUGUACUUCAACGGGACCUCCCGCAAGUGUAUAUUCAUCAACACGAUGUUUCUGAAAAGGCUGUCAAUGGGCGUUGACGUUACCGAGAAGUCAGGUGUGAUUUAUGAAGUCUUCGUUUACCGAAAUACCAUUGUUUGGUUUUAGGGCAUGUUUGAUUUAACACACUUUGUUUUGACUGCUUGCUU